AAUAUCACAUAGGUGAUGAGGACAAAUAUAGAACCUUAUAAAUACAGGGUUGUUGGCUGCCACGUCCAAUACAUCAUCAUGUGCGGCAAGUGCGUUAUCACGGCGUUCCUUCUGUGUCUGACAUGGUCUGUGUGUGUGGAUGGAUGGUGGUCCUCCAGGUCUAAAGUGUCGGGCAGCACCAUCGCCAGAACAGCUAACAAGUACAUAGGUAGCACCACGUGGUCCUACGCCUCCCCACACAAAACCGGGGCCAACACCAACAAAUGUAACAUCUUCGUUGCAGAAGUCCUGGAGGAGGCGGGAGCCACAGUUCCCCAAAGGCACUGGUACACCUGGAGCCCUAUCGGGGCAGGAGAGUGGGGGAAUGCCAGGUCAACAUACCUGACAAAGGACCCCUGCUGGAAUAGCACGACUUCGUCAAGAUCUGGCGACGUCAUUGGCGACGGUGUACACGUUGGCAUAGUAACAGGCAGCAGGAACACCACAAGUGCACGGCGGGAUAAAAUUGUGAGGAACGAUUUUGGUUUCCGUGCCGUCCAGAAACCAAUGACUCUGUGGCGUUAUGUCUGCUAAUGCACAAACACCUGCAGUCAUUAUGUGCUGAGUGAGCACAAUCAACAAAGAAAUCGUU